AUGAUGGGCAUCUUGCAGUGGCGGAUCGGAAUGAGAUCAAAGCGCAUACAGCGUAAUUCAUCGUCGCAAAGCAUCAGCAACUGGUGCAAAGUGUCUCUACUGUCCGCCGCGAAUGCACUCGCCCUAGGUAAUGUAUCGGCUGUAGAGUUAACACAGGCGUGCAUUAAUCAGGUGAAGAAAACGCGAGCGCUUAAUUUUUUUGUGUAUACGGACUUUGAUCGCGCGCUGGAGCUAGCCUUGGCGUCAGAUGAGCGGCGCGCAACCGGCCAUACUUUAGGAUUAAUAGACGGCAUUCCUAUUGGCAUCAAAGAUGUUUUUUGCAUGAAAAACGUACCCACAACAGCUGCCUCUCAAAUGCUAAAAAACUUUGUUGCUCCGUAUGAGUCAACAGCUACCCAGAGACUUCUUGAUCAGGGCGCCGUGCCUCUCGGCAAGCUUAAUAUGGACGAGUUUGCAAUGGGCUCUGUGGCUGGGGGAAGCUCUGGUGGUAGUGCGGCUGCAGUAGCAUCGGGAUGCUGCUUUGCCGCGCUCGGAUCGGAUACGGGAGGCUCAGUACGUCAGCCUGCUGCGUAUUGUGGUAUAGUCGGAUUAAAGCCAUCUUACGGGCGAAUAUCGCGUCACGGUAUGAUAUCGUACGCCAGCUCGUUAGAUACGCCGGGUAUUUUUGCUCGAUCUGUCGGCGAUGCUGCCGUCAUCUUGAAAGCUAUCUCGGGUCGCUGCCAUAUGGACUCCACCUGUAUGACUGAUGAACUGUCUGAAGCUUGGUGCCAAGACACAGUAAAGGCAUCACAGCAAUUGAAUAAAAUCGAUCUAACCGGUGUUCGAGUGGGCAUUCCAGUGGAGUACUCUGUUAAUGAAUUGCCUCAUGAAAUCUUAGAUGUCUGGGAUAAGGGUGUCGCCUGGCUUCGUGACGCGGGAGCUCAGGUCGUUAGUGCGUCACUACCAACGACAAAAAUAUGCAUCCCUGCGUACUACAUUUUGGCAUGUGCCGAGGCAUCUUCCAAUCUGUCUCGCUAUGACGGUGUUCGAUACGGCAUUAGGGCCAAGGAAAUUGCGCUAGAAAACCAAAAGGACCAGUCUGAAACGCUUGGUGACUUGUAUUGUAGAACACGAUCGAACGGAUUCGGUGAAGAAGUGCAACGCCGUGUCCUUUCUGGUGCGUUUGUGCUAUCUGCAGGUGCCAAAACUGAUUACUACGAGCGAGGUUUGGUCCUGCGCCAACGUGUCCGACAUGAUUUCCAACGAGUUUUUGACGAACAAAGAAUUGAUGUUUUGCUAACCCCAACGACGCCGUCUGCACCGUUUCUUGUCAGAAGCGAGCAGGCAAAGGAAGAUCCGGUCGCCAUGUAUCUUAAUGACGUCAUGACCGUGCCAGCAAAUUUGGCAGGUCUACCUUCCAUAUCCAUACCAGUUGCCUUGACGAUGGAUGGUAGCUACCCUCUCGGUCUGCAGCUCAUGGGUGCUUGCAAGACAGAAGAGCGAGUGCUGCAAGUAGCGAAUGCGAUUGAGCAGCAGGCUCAUUUCCGCAGCCAAAUUCCGGCGCGUGUGUUUGGAUACUUUCACGCGAUGAGACGAAAGAUCCAAAAGUCACAUUUGAAAUAA